UUGACAGGCCCGGAGCCCCAUGGCGUGCGCCAGGCGUCUGCUGCUGCUGCUCUACCUGCUGCCUGUGUCCUUGGCCUGGAGGCCCAAGACCGUGUUCCAUUUGCAUAAGCAGCCUGGAGUCACAGAAGCUCUGCACCACCCAGACCGGCUCCCUCCAGGGCCGGGCCCGGCAGAAGGCGCCCGAGCGGGCUGGCCGGCACCAGGAGGAGGAGGGUCCCGCCGCCCAGAGCUGGCCGCCGAGGGGGCAGGGGGCCGGCGGAGAGAACGGGGUCUCCCCUCCGGCGGCGGGCAGCCGAACGGCCACGCCUGCUCCAAGCACUCCGAAUGCCGGAGCCGCUGCUGUGUGCUCGGCAUCUCCGGCUCCGAGCUGACCUGCAGACCCAUGACCAUCUUCCUGCAGUGUCAGCCUUGGCGCAAGGUGAGCCGGCGGCCGGGCCGCGGCAGGGAGGGCCGGGGCCAGGGCGGGAGGCGGGCGCCAGGCUCCGGCUCUGUGUCCCCAGCCCAACGGGAGCCACUGCACCAACGACGACGAGUGCCAGAGCAGGUGUUGCCUCGCUCCGACCGAGGUCAGCCACCGCCGCUGCGUCCCCCAGAGGGGGAUCCUGGUUCAAUGCCUGAUCUUGUGACGGGGAAACUCAUCCUCGUGGAAGAACCAGUCUGGACCCGGGAGAAGCUCAGCCUGGAUCUCGUGCCUGCGUUUAGCUGGGAGCUCAGCUUGCGGUUCCCGCCCCUCGUUCUGGGCUGUGAAAACCUGCGGGUGUCGGACGCGCCCGUCCUGUCGUAGCAGCGAGCUCCGGAGACCGCUCCGUGAGGACGAAUUGAGCUCCGGGGAACCUGCAGCUUGAUGGCCUCACAUCAGUGAGCCCCGCUGACCGAGUCAAGGCACUUCGUCACUUCUAUUUUUUUUCAGACAAUAAAGUAAUACAAAUCUGUA